UCUUCCUAUCUCGUCCAUUACCCAAGUCGUAUCGAGUAGAAGUGAAACCAUAGCCAUGGUCCCUCCAAAGAAAUCCAAAAAGGCCAUUGAGAACAUCAACUCAAGGUUGGCGUUGGUGAUGAAGAGUGGUAAAUAUGUGCUCGGUUACAAACAAGCCCUGAAAACUAUCAGACAGGGCAAGGCUAAAUUGGUCAUUAUUGCCAAUAACACUCCUCCUUUAAGGAAAAGUGAGAUUGAGUACUACGCCAUGUUGGCUAAGACUGGUGUUCACCAUUACAACGGCAGCAAUAUUGAUCUUGGAACAGCUUGUGGAAAGUAUUUCCGAGUGUGUACACUGAGUAUCACUGACCCAGGUGAUUCUGAUAUCAUCCGCAAUGUUCCUACAGAGCAACAGAAUGUAUCAUAAUCUGUAAAUUGCAUCAAUAAAUUGUGUAAUUAAGCACA